CUGAAAAAACACCACACAUAACACACCUGUUUCGCAGGCUUAGUCAAGAUUAACCGCACUUAGGACGGCGUAAUGGCGCUGUUAAUUCGCCGGUAUCGGAUUUAUGGUUUUGCGUCGCCGUUAAUUAGGUGCUUCAGGUCAGAAGCAGCAUUAAAAGCAUUGGGUAAAGCAUCUGAAGACAAAAUCCCAAACCUAAUCCUCUACAAUUAUCCUUCAUUUUCCGGUGCUUUUGCUGCACUUUUCGCUCACCUCUAUCACUCUCGUCUCAACAUUCCUUACCUCGUCUUGCCUUUCUCUUCCGUUGAACCCUUCAGAGUUGAAGACUUGUGCAUUGAUGGGCUGCAAAAUUGUUACUUCCUUGAUUUUGUUGGUCCAAAAGGAUUUGCAGUGGAGCUUGCUCGUCGGACCUCAUGCCAGAUAGUAGGGUUUGAUCACCGGAAGUCCGUGCUAUCCAACAUCCCUUUGAAUCAAAAUUCUGGUGGGAGUCUCACAUUUCAUGUCAACCUUGAGAAAAGUAGUUCCGUUGCUGUUUAUGAACAUUUCUCUUCUAGGCUUUCAGAGGGGGAUGCUAUCAGCUUGCUAAACUCUACUUUUCAAGAUCGAGUUGAAAAUGUUCUAAAAUAUAUAGAGGAUGGAGAUCUUCACAGGUGGAGUUUGCCUGAUAUUAGGGCCUUUGGGAUUGGAAUUAACCACUGGCGUUCAAAAUUGAAUUGCAUCACUAAUCCACAAAUGUAUGAACAGCUAAUGGGGAUUUGCACCGAUGAUUUGAUUGCGAAUGGAAACUCCCAUAUUUCAAAUAGACUAGCUGCUGCAAACAAAUUGCUGGAUAAGUUUUUCAAAAUUCGGCUGGGGAGAGGACUUUAUGGUGAAUGCUUGGGGGUUAGAGCUGAUGGAAAUUCAGACUUAAGUGAUGAAAUUGGCAAGGAACUAAGCAAGAAAAGUGCUGCAGCUGGACUCAGGCCUAUAGGAGCAGUCAUAUACCUUCAGCGGAAGAAUCUCAAGAUGUGUUUGAGGACUGGAGAUGCUGCUACUGAUACUUCAGAAGUUGCCAAGGCAUAUGGUGGAGGUGGUUCUCCUAGUUCUAGCUCAUUUAUAAUUCGGAUGGAUGAGUAUAACCAGUGGCUCUCAGUGCAUUCAUCCUGAGUGGGGAAACAAUAAAGGGAAUCUACCUGAACCAAGAACAUUGAUCGAGGGGGGAUCUUCAUGUAGUGGCCCAGUUUGAAGUCGCUGAGGAAAGAGACAGCCUGUGACAUACUCAUGUACCCAUAGACUUUGAAGCACACAUUGGCUAUUGGUCUUCCUGGUAGUAUAAUUCCCAUGACAUAUUCUGUGAUUAUGUUCAAGCCUGGGGUCUGCAAAUUAGCAUCAUAAAUAAGAAAUUUGGAAAGAGCUUGAAAUAACAAAGGUGAUGUUGGAUUUGUUCUUGUAAUAAAUCCAACCAGUUUAAGGUAUCAGAUACCCGCCGGGGGUUGCAUAUUGGUAUGUUAAACAAAGAGUGAAUGUUAGUCAUUUAGUAGUGUUUACAGCUUCUGUAAGCUCCAACAACACUACAUUAAGAUUUCAUUUGAACCUCAAUGCUAAUGGCCUAGAAUUUGGCAGAAAACAGUUCAAGCAUGCUAAUCAAUCUGAUAGGCAAAACAUGCUUGUGGUGCUAAAUCUAAGUGUAAGUGUGUCUGCUUUAUCACCUGGUUUGUUGUAGCUGUUAUGAUGCUGAUUGGAAGCGUGAAGAUAAAAGCAAUAGCACUUGCAAAUAUAAGCCCCCACCAUGGCAUCUGGACUUGGUUAUUCAAGAAAAUGCAGAGGAUUAGGGAGACUGCUAGUGUCACCAAAAGCAAUGCAUUAAACCACCAAGAAGAUGCUCGACUUGUAUUUCAUGAUUGACGUAGGUUUUUGGACUUCUUGUGGUAUCUUGAUGAAACCAUAGUCAGAUAAUCAGCAUGCAGACUAUUUGGAUUGUUGGUUGGCGCUCAGCAGUCAGCAGUUGAAAUUAAAGGGAGGAUUUCAAAUUACGUCUUAAAGUUCCUUUGUACUUACUAUUGUAAAAUUAUGCAUACGUUGUUUGUAAACCACAGACAUAUCAAAAGAGGUUUGUCUACUAAGGAUCAACUACCGAAAUGCUAUCAAUGUACAAAUGUGAAUUC